AGGUUAGUAUCUCGAAUUGGUUUUAUACACAAAUGUUGUUACAUUUCAUUGUUUCCUCGAAUAGAUCCAGAUCCCUUUCCCUUUAGUCUCUCUCGUACAAAGAAUCUCGCUAUUUGAUCAAUUGAUUAAUACAUCCAUACCAUCAAUGGUCACAAUGGGAGAAGGUUCUCGAAGCUUCCAUCACUAUCGAUGCAUCCCCUGUCUGAUGGAACACCCAAAUUCCCCACUGUUAACAACGUCACCACCCAAUCUCUGAAUGGCGGGGAGGGAAAGAUGGAAGAUUCUUGAUUCUGUUGGUGGAUGAGGGAUGUUGAUGGAAGGGAAGAUAGAUAUACCAGCUGGAGGUCCUUUGCGCGGAGGAGGUAUGGACUGUAGAUCAAUAGUAAACUUUUAAAGCUUCCAACACUCAUUCACACCCUUUGAUAUCUACACACACACAUACAUUCAAAGUUAAUCAAGACUGGUUAACGUUAGCCAAUUAAUUAUAACAAUUCAAUCUCUCAUCUCAACUCAAUUCCAUUUGAAUACCAAGUACGUAGGUACAUACUUACUUGACAAGAACAAGAAGAACAACAACAACAACAACACCAACAACAAAGGAUUACAAUUCCAUUCUACAUAUCCUCUUCUUCCGACAACACGAAAAAAGAUAGAGCUAUCUAGGCAAAAGACAACAAGGAGGACGGACUCAUACCCAGACUAGCCAACAAAUUAAGGAGGGGGGUGUGAAUACAACUCAUAGCUCACAAUCACAAUCACAGUCACAAUCACAAUCAGAAUCACAAUCACGAGAUCUUUGGAAGAAUCUUAUUAAAGUGACUCGCCAGCCACCACUAGGAAAAACAGCACAUAAAUAUCCAACACACAACAUUCCUUCGAAUCCUUUGAGAGUGGACGACCGUUUUAAAGCCUUCCUACAACCAAUUUGCAACUCAUAGUCGAUAGUCAACAUUUUCAUUGGACCAGAAUUUGCAGUUUGUUGUUGAUCUUUGAAGUUGUGCUCAGCUCAUCUAACAACUUCACGACUUUUUGCUUCCCUUCUCAAACCAUACUUCGACAGCAACAUACACAACAUACAUUCGAAGAGUAGCAAGCAUGGUAGCAGAAACAAAACUUUACGAUGCAUUAGGCAUCACGCCUUCUGCCAAUCAACAAGAAAUUAAAAAAGCAUAUCGUGCAAUGGCCCUAAAGCAUCAUCCUGACAAAAACAAAGAUAAGCCCGACUCGGCUGAAAAAUUCAAAGAAGUAUCCCAAGCCUACGAGAUUCUCUCGGAUCCCGAAAAGCGCAAAACUUACGACCAAUAUGGAUUAGAAUUUAUGCUUCGCGGUGGUCCCCCACCACCCGAGCCUGGUACCAGCGGCGGAAACCCAUAUGCAAGCGCAGGAGGCAUGCCUGGCGGUUUUGAAAGCUUUAGUUCCUCUGGUGGCAUGCCCAGAGGAAAGACAUUCCACUAUGACUUCAGUAGCGCGGGCGGGCCAGGUGGUGGAGGAUUUAGUUUCAGCAAUCCAGAAUCGAUUUUCAGUGAAUUUUUGAGAGGUCAAGGAGCGGGAGGUGGUGCGGAUGGAAUGGACGAUAUUUUCGCAAGUAUGGGAGGAGGAAUGCCACGCUCUAGUCCUGGAGGAGCAGGCGGACGAUCUAGACCUGCACGCUCGGCAUUCCAAGGUGCGGAACCAGCUAGACCGAGGGCGGAGACUCCUGAGGUGACGACGGUGGAAAAACCUCUAGCGUUGAGUCUGGAAGAAUUGUUCAAGGGUUGUCAUAAGAAGAUGAAGAUUAAGCGGAAGACUUUCGACCCGGAAACAGGCAAGAGACAAACCACCGAUCGCAUUCUAGAGAUGGAUAUCAAACCCGGAUUGAAGAAGGGAAGUAAGAUUAAGUUCAAGGGUGUGGGUGACCAAGAGGAGGGAGGACAGCAAGAUUUACAUUUUGUUAUUGAAGAGAAAAAACAUCCCUACCUAACUCGCGACGGUGACGACCUAAUCAUGACCGUCGACCUUGAUCUUAAAGAAGCCCUAACAGGCUGGAAUCGCACCGUCACAACCAUCGAUGGUAAAAACAUCUCUCUCGACAAAGGAGGACCCACUCAACCCGGCUCCUCAGAUUCAUAUCCCGAUUUGGGCAUGCCCCUGAGCAAGCAACCAGGCACGAGGGGUAGCUUUAUCGUGAAGUAUAAUGUGAAGUUCCCGACGAGUUUGACGGUGGAGCAAAAGCGGGCUUUGAAAGAUAUUUUGUAGGCGGAUUUUGCGUUGCUUUUUGGGGGGUUUCGGCGUAUGGGGAGGGAUUUCCUAUUGUUUAUAUUAGCUAGCGGAACUGGAGUGAGAGCGGGAUAUAGCAAGCGUGCAUGAUUUGGACUGAGGUUCCAAGUGUCUUGGGAUGCACGGAUGGAUGGAAAGAAGAGAAACAUACUUCCUUGAUUAGGUUGAAUGUUAUAUGAGAAAUGAGGAAUGAAAUGACGAUUCAUAAUAAAUACAAAUGCUAUUUAGCACUCCACAAUAUAUACUUUCACAUCAGCCAAGGAAACCGUAGGCACAGAUAUUUUAACAU